AGCGAUCCAGGGGCCGAUGCUCCCAGUUCCCCAACCUGCUGACUGGAGGACAGCACCAAGGCUCCUGAGCAAAGACGAGUCGCUUUCGUUGUGGAUGUGGAGCUCCAGAAAGUGGAGCGAUGUGAUCUCCCCAGAAAGGACACGACAGAAAAAAAGAAGAAAAUUUUCUUCAAGACAAAGGACAUCAGAAGGCUUCUUGCUGCAGAAGAGACCGAUGGAGGAGCCAGAAGAUAUGGGAAGAGGUCCAUGAGAGGAUGCAGAAGACAGACCAACCAGUAGGUACCCCUGGGAAUCAGAGGGUCCCAUAGCUCAGCCUUUCUCCCAGGGGGGAAUCCCAGUCUCAAUGGGAUUCAAACUUUUCCUCGGCAGGGAGAGAGACUCAGAAGGGUUUCAACCUUCCCUUCUGAAAAGGAGAAGACGGGGGACCCUGGGACUAAGUUGCCCAACAGCCUCCCCAACUUACAGCCUAACUCUUCUCUCUUGCAGCAGGAGCGCAGUAUCGUUCGGGGCCUCUCUUCCAUCGCCACUCUGUUUCAGCUGAAGCGGAGUGGGCAAAUGGCAGACCCAGAGCCAAGAAACAAGGACCUCUACAGCCUGGCUGUCUUGGCUCUGAUGGAGGACAACAAUUUAAGCAGCUUCACGGCAGGACUAGCUGCAAUGCUUGCAGUCUACGACAUCAGCAAGGUUCCUCCAGCCAUGGACCCAAAAGUUGAGUCUCGCCUCCUGAAAAUCUUUGGGUCCGUGUGGUUGUCCUCCAUGAAAAACGGAGAGGAGAAUAUUUCUGAGGAAGAGAAGAAGCUGCUGGAAGACGUCUUUGGCCUCCUGCUCCGAGGUCUUCUGCAACAAUCGGCCAAAACGGAGCAUUUCAUUUUUAUUUUAAAGCACUUUGAGAAACACGGACGGCAAUGCUUCACGUCUGCCUGGAAUCAGCUACUCUAUUGUGGAAUCCACCAAAGUAGAAUCAACCUCACUGAAGCCCAGAGGACAUUUCCACACUUUCCAGUGAAGAUUGUGCAGGCUGGAUAUGAAGACAGAUUCAUCAAUGAAGGUGACCUAACAAUAGAGGAGCUCUGACGUCUUCACUCCCUGCCGCCGUUGGACACAGAAGGAUGGAUCAAAAGGAUUUCCAGUCUAUCUGAAGGAAAGUCCCUUCGUUUCUCCCAUUUAGAAUCAAUUACUCUUCUGAACUUAAAAUACAGUAAAUUCUGAUAUUUCUGCUUUCAGGUUCUUGGACCGCCUCAUCCCUUCAAGAACAGAUCUCUCAGCUACUGAAGACCACCACUGAUUUUGGAAGAUCGCGAGAAGGCUACUCGUGUUGUGGAGCAGAUACAAACUCUCGUCCGUUUUUGUGUGCUGCAGCAGGACUUUGGGACAGCAAUCAACAUGGCGCCUGGAACUCACCUCCUUCCUUCGACUGUUACCAACUGGGCCAUCCUCUCUCCAGGCUGGAGGAACCAUGAAAGACUCUGCGAUUCCACAGGCCCCACUGAUGGAUGGACUAAGAGAUUUCAUAGGGAAACGUCAGCCCUUCCAGCUAAUGUUUCUGGCAUCUAUCUGAUAUUUAUAUGUCCCCAAUUAUAUGCCGCUCAUUUAAGAGAAACACGAGAUAAAGAAAAUAGAAAUUCAGCAAAAAGAGCUACUUGAACAGCAUCUUGCAAGUCUUAAACUACAAACUUCCAACUGCAACUUUUUAUUUCUGGAUCCAUUACAGCGGCUGCUUCCUACGUUUCUUUCUCUGACCUUUGAAGUUACUGAGGGCUCCUCCUGACACAUUCCAUUACCCUAAUUUAGGUUACAAUAGUAUGUCCAUUUCCAGCACACUUCUUCAUUUGAGACUGAUAUUCUUCUCAUGCACCUCUGUGCAGUAUGAGGAAUGUGAUGAGUCAAGUACUUUUAUUAUUUUAUCAAAAUAUAAUAUGGUGAACUACAAGAAAACUGAAAAUAAUGGGGAAAGAAAGGAAGAAAAGAGAAAGGAAAAGUGUAGGAAAAGGGGAAAAAGAGAAGAGAAGAAAAGGAAAGCAUUGAGUUACAAUGUCUUUUGGAGCAGUAGACUAAGCAAUAACUUACAACCUCAACUUUUUAUUUCACAAAAUAAUAUAUAUAUAAUAAUAUAAAUAUAAGGUGCCAAUGGGUCAAAGCAAUCCAUACAUCAGAGCAAAAAAAGACUAUUAUUGAUGGAGACUUAACUAAACCAUGUCAAAUCUCAAAGAGUAGGAGGAAAGGAAGCCCCUUAUCUCCCCUGCUGUUUACCUCUGUGCUGGAAGUUUUCAAUAAAGAUAUAAGGCAAGAUGAAAAAAUCACAAGUAUAAAUCUUAAAAAGGAAGUGACAGCAUUUAUUGAUGGGUUUGUUAUCCAGAAAAUACACGAAAGAAUAUUUGAUGAAGAAACUAAACGACUUUCGAGUUUAGUGGACUAUAAAACAGAAAAAAACAAUGUUUGUUAAGAAUAUGGAACUGAGGACUAUGAAAUACUAAAUAAAAAGUCAGGAUUUAAGUUGGAGAAAAAGUUGGAAUAUCUGAGUUUAUAGGGAAAACAAAAUUCUGAACUGUUUCAAAAUAACUUUGAGCCUUUUUGUCACCAAAUCUAAUAUGGAGAACUAGAAGGAAAAUGAAAAUAAUGGGAAACAAAGGGAAGAAAACAGAAUGAGGAAAAUGUGUAGGAAAAGGCGGAGAAGCGAAGAGAAGAGAAGAGAAGAGAAGAGAAGAGAAGAGAAGAGAAGAGAAGAGAAGAGAAGAGAAGAGAAGCACUGAGUUACAAUUUCUUUUGGAGCAGUAGAAUAAGCAAUAACAUACAAUCUCAACUUUUUAAUUCACAAAAUAUUAUACAUAAGGUGCCAAAACAGUUUAUAACACUGGUGAAAGCAACCCAUAUGUCAUAUCAAGCAAAGUUUAUUAUUUUUUUUUAUUGA